GUAGCAGACAACACCUGGCAGAUGGGAAGGUGAAACUGCAGUGGUCUGUCAUGACUUCAUUCACCUCACAUGAAGGAGUGUGUUCCUGAGUGUGUUUCAGCAUGUUUAUCUGAAGGUGACAGCAGCUGUACAGCAAUAAGAGAGCCCGCUUGCAGAGAAGCAAUAAAACACGCAGUGUUUACAGAGGAGUGUUCUCUAAAGGCUAUUGGCAAACACCUGCUUUCCAUUCUCCCUUCCUCGCUGUCAGGGAAGAAGAGCCCGGCUGUUCUGGCCUCACUUUGGAGGACCACAGAGAGGAUGAAAACUCCACAUCGUGGUGGCUACAUUCUUCUGCCAAGCCUGCUGGAGGAAGCACUCUCUCUAGAGCCAGAAGAUGCAGAUGAACAGGAGGACCCUGUCAGGAUAAGCACAGAUGACCCAGGCUUGUUCACAGAAGAAUUUCAUCAGCCUGUGCUGAAUGGCCAAAGCAACAUCAUGCGCUUAGAAGAAAUACAGAAGCUUGCACCACACCUGCCCCCACGAUUGACUGGACACCCAUGGAACCUCGUCUACUGUACCGCACGGGAUGGAUUUAGCCUGAAGUCUAUGUAUCGAAGCAUGAACAACUUGACUUCACCUGUGCUGUUGGUUAUCAGAGAUACUGAUGGCCAGAUAUUUGGUACCUUUUCUUCUACAGCCAUUCAUGUCAGCAGCUGCUUCUAUGGCAAUGGAGAAAACUUUCUCUUCUCUUUCACUCCACAACUAAAGGUAUUUAAAUGGACUGGCAAAAAUACCUUCUUCAUGAAAGGAGACGCAGAUGCCUUGGCAGUUGGUGGAGGCAGCGGCAAAUUUGGAUUGUGGCUAGAUGGAGAUCUGAACCAUGGUGGAAGUCACCCUUGCGAGACAUUCAACAAUGAAGCGCUAUCUCCCAAAGAGGAAUUCCUCAUCCGAGACUUGGAAGUUUGGGCCCUCUCUUAAACCAAAGGGGAAACAAUGUAUCAUGUUUCCCCUUGUGUGGACAUUGUGAGUGCAAUGGGAUCCAGGUAUAACCAGCAGUCCUCUUGCAGUGGCUUCACAACUCUCCUUCAGUUGAGCAUAAACCUGUUGCAGAUUCCCUGUGUAUCUAUAGAUUGGCAGAGAAGAAAAUGAUGCUGGAUCAUCCUACUAAUGUUCAUAUAGUCUAGUCUCUCCUCAAAUACUGUCCCAUCCUCAAAUUAGCAAUGCUGUUUCCCCAUGUUAUGCCUCCCCCUCGAAAGAUGAGCUAAGGACAUUCCGAUUUUUUAAAAUGUCUUAAGAUUGCUGCUUGGUUUAUUCACUCAAGGAAAAGGAUGGAUGAUAAUCUGCACAAAAACAAAAAAGAAAGUGUUGGCCACCAUUUAUUAGGGGAAGAGCCUUGGACACCUCAUUGCCAUACAUGUUAUGUGCCUUACUGAGUUGCAGAUUAAGCUACUCCCAUUGUCUGGAGUAAGCUUCCUGUUGUUGCUAUGUGCCUUCAAGUUGACAGUUAUUUAUGGCAAGUUUAUUCAGUGAAGGUUUGCCAUUGCCUUCCUUUGAGUAUAGCUCCCCUUUUACUUUUCAUGAUUCUGUUAAGAGAGUGGCACUUCAUUAUUUACAGUACAAUCAUAUUCUUCCAUAUAUGUAUCAAGCAUGGAAACCAACAAAAUAGUUUUGGUACCCAGAAUAGACAUAACUCACCUACAUUUUACAUUGGGCACUUUGUGGAUUUUCUUUUAAAUUUCUUUCAUGAUUAUCAGAAGCGUAUUUUUUUCUUCUUCAGAUUGGUGUAAUACAGUACAUAUGGAACAAAAUACAGCCCCCAAACAGUACUCAGUAUUUUUUUCCUCAUUAGACACAAGAUAGAGCUACAGAUUUUCUAAAUUAUUGUUCUUCUGUUACACA